UGGGUUUGUCAUUAUUUAUUAACAAUAAUCGAGAAUGCAUAUACCACGAGAUAUUUCCUCCUUACAUAUUCGGUCAAGUCUGAGUAAAAGAGUCGUUGCAAAAUACUGAGUAAGGAGGUAGUAAAAGUAUGCGAUAAAAUUGUAAACAGUCUCUUUCAGUGUAUAAUCAACGCAUAUAAGUAUAAAAACGUAUAAAAGAUACCCACAUUUUCAGAUUAUUGUCCAACUGAUUGUACGAGAAAUCUUAAGGCGAGCGCAGGAUGAGGCGAAUCCCAAUGAACGCCCUAUGGAUGGCGAUCUUGGCGAGUGGCUUGUCGAUAAUUGUAUGCGACAAGCAAGUACUACCAGAGCUGUUGUUCAUCUUAUCAGGGCAAAGCUUAGACUGGCCAUGUCAGAGCACGAAAAAUAUCUACGAGACGAGUGGACGUUACAUCGCCAGGAAUGUUAUUUCCACGAGGAUGCAGAUCUAUAAGGAGGACGCUAUUAUAGCGAUGCCGCGAUACAAGCCCGGCGUGCCAUUCACCUUAGGUGUUAUGUCCUUGAAGACGAAGGAUUGCACGCCGAAAGUGACACCUUUCCCAUGCUGGGCGAUUCAGGAGGAAGGUAAUUGUCAAGCCUUGCAAAGCGUGGUGGACAUAGAUUUAGAUAUUCAGGACAUUCUGUGGGUGCUGGAUGUUGGAGUCGUCAAUACUUUAGAGCAACCGGUGCGAAGAUGUCCCCCGAAAGUUGUCGGUAUCAACGUGAAAUCCGGAAAGGUCGUGAGAGUGAUCGAUUUGAGCUCCCUGGUGAACCCGUUGUCCCGUUUGCAAUAUCUAGCAGUCGAUUAUGCGGAAGACGGUCAGGUGUACGUGUACGUGAGCGAUGCCGCCGCCAGAUCCAUAAUCGUAUACAAUGUUACCGCGGAUAAGGGAUAUCGAGUGGUUCUCCCAUCAGCUGUUACCGCCGGUGUCGAGAGAAGAGACGUUCUCUAUUUGGCACUGGUGAAAAAAAGCUGCGGCACAUCGAUUCUGUACUUUACCUAUUUAGGAUCCAAUAAACUCUUUGCGAUCAAGGCCGUGAACUUGAGGAAAGGAUACACUAAUGGUGCUGUCGUAGCUGUUGGACCAAAACAGAACAAGAUAGUCCUUCUCGGAACUGAUAACGGUUACGCGAUCUUCUUCCGAGUUAAAGGUGAGUCGGAUGUCUACAUGUGGAACACCGAGACAUCGUUCAAUCCUGAGAACUUCCUUCUAGUAGAGAGAGGCAGCGAUUGUCGACUACCGACACAAGUUAUUCCUGGUUACAAGAAACUUAUGUGGGUGAUCGAGAGCAACUUCCAGGAUUAUAUACAGAACACCGUUAGUUGCCCGGGUGCGUCCGUGGCCAUUCAUCCCUUGGUUAAGACAUGCGAAGAAUAAAAUUUCAUCGAUCGAGCCACUUUCUUCUCCUGUGACUUAGACUUCGUUGUCAUAUUAUUUACACAAUUUGAUGUUGAGUAAAAGGAAAUCGACGAUUUCAACAAGUUCAAAAUUCGAUGCACAAAUGCACUCACAGCGAUCCCUGGGUCUCUUUGCAACAGUGAAAAUAUAGCAAUUAGCGUAGAAGGUACAUCUUCCAUUUACAAAAUCGAAAUCGAAAACUCGGCAAAAUUAUAUUGAUUUUAACUCAAUUUUCUGUAGGAAUUAUACGCAAAUCAAUGUCAUUUCAAUUUUUUAUCAAAAUAGAAGAUAAUAAUUGUUCUCUGUGUGAAAUUACAAUAAUUGUUUUCUGUAAUUAUCUUUAAACAUUAGAAAGGUAGAAAAAUGAAAAGUUUCAUCGAUCUGAAAACUUUUUCUUGAUUUUGUCGCUGAUCUAGUCAUAUAAUCAAUAGAGUUCUGAGUUUUUAUUUUCUUAGAUAACUGCUCUAAUCUAUGAAUGUUGUCUCUAUUAAUGUAAUAUAUUUAAAGAGCUUCUUUUCAGUAGUGUAAGUAAUUAGUGAAUAUAAUUCCGUCAUAAUUAGUGUAAUUGCAAUUGGCUAAAAACACUUUUAUAAAAGUCAUUUUACGCGAUCCAAAGUCGCGCCACCGGACAAGUUGACCAGUGCCAGAGUUAAUUGUAUUAUUGAUACCGAAAUCCAAAAUGAAAUUCAUCGAAACCCAAUUUUCGACACUGAUUUGUAAAAUUUAUAAUCUGUUUGAAAUUUACAUUUUAUCUGUUUGGUGAUCAUCUGUUUGAUAAUCUACAGUUCAUAUCAUGAUAAAUAGAAAUAAACGAGGGAAAAACGAAGACGUAAUUUAAGUGUUAAUGUAUCGUUGUAACCUCUUAAUUCCUGUUAUGUAAGUCGAUUCAAAUGACUAAUAAACGUCAGCUUAUGUAAAUGUAUACGAAAACAAUACGAAAACACGUGCUAACUUAUGUAACCUGACAUAUGGAGACGCGCAAUACAUCCGUUUGUGGUAAAUGCAGAAUUCCUUAGAGUUUUUUUAUCUUUUCAAUGUUAAUCCUUUGUUUAAUUUGCGAAUUAAAAUAUGAAAAUUUUGCGAAUUAAAAUAUGAAAAUGCCCACAGCCUGCAAGUAAUUUAGGACUAAGCACUAAGAAUUUUUGAAAGAUUAAACUUGAGAAAAGAGAAUGGAUGAAAACUGUAAAUAUAGAAAAUUGUGUUUUCCAAAAAAUAUCUCGAGUAGAUUUAAUAUUAAUAAAAUUGUACUUUGAAGUUUA